UGUCACAGGAGCUGCAGAUCAGAAAGUGGCUCUGAAAACCCCCACAUUUUCAUUCCCCACCAAUUGGUACACUAACACACUUGAACCACAGAAGAAAGACGAUUGUGCUCCAUUCAAGAGGAGCCAACCGGAGAAGAUCACAUAUUAAAAAAAGGUCCUCGUUCCAUGUCUCUGAGCCAGCAGUGUGGAAUGGGUGGGGCCGAGCAGGAGGCGGGGCUGGGGAUGCUGGAGAAGCAGCUGACCUGUCCAAUCUGCUUGGAGCUGCUCCAGAAGCCCGUGGUCAUCCUGCCGUGUCAGCACAACCUGUGCAGGAAGUGUGCCAACGACCUCUACCAGCCCUCCUUGUUUCAGGCCCGCACCACCAUGACCGUCAACAGCGGGCGCUUCCGCUGCCCGUCGUGCCGGCACGAGGUGAUCCUGGACCGCCACGGCGUCUUCGGCCUACAGAGGAACCUCCUGGUGGAGAACAUCAUCGACGUCUACAAGCAGGAAGUCGGCAGCGACGCCUCCAGGCCCCUCCCUGCUUCUCCCUCAACUCCCGCUCAGAUCACCUGCUCCGAGCACGACGGCGAGAAGGUGAAUAUUUACUGCGUGACCUGCCAGAUGCCCACCUGCUCCCUCUGCAAAGUCUUUGGACGACAUCGGUCCUGUCAGGUGCAACCACUGGACCACGUCCUCCAGCACGAGAAGGACGUGCUAAGAGAAGGCGUGGCUUCCCUGGCGGAGGUCAACCAGAAGGUGCAAGCGUUGAUUGACGAGCUGGAGGAGACCUGCAGGAGAAUCGAGGAGAACUGCGAGACUCACAAACAGAACGUGUGUGACAAGUUCAGCCGAAUGUUCUCCAUCUUGGACGAAAGAUGCAAGGCCAUGACAGAGCGAAUCAGCUCAGAGGAAGAGGAGAAGACAGGCCACGCCCAGCUGCUGGCACGUUGCUAUGGCGACAGCAUGGAGGCCAACAGGAAGCUGUUGGAGAAGGCAAGGAGCAGCAUGGAGGAUCCCGACAUGGCCGCCUUUGUCCAGAAUUCCAAAGACCUGAUCGCAAAGGUCCAAACAGCCGCCCUGUUCAGUCCCGCCGAGAUGCUGCAGGCAGGACAGGAGAUGACAGCCUCCACCUUCAACUUCAGCCAGCAGGAGAGCGCCGCCAGGAGCAUCGACUUCAUCCGAGGUGGCGUGCGCCUCAUUGAUGAGGAUUCACAAUCUUCGGAACCGUGGGAACCUGCGGUAGCUUCAGGACCAGAGAGUGAAUCAUCAGCGCCUCCAGAUCUUCACAUCCAAAUGCUUGCUGGCCAAGAGGAGGAGGUUCUGGAGCAGGAACUGGAACCAGAGCAGACGGCUACACCAGAGGAUCCGGUGGGCAGCGAGUCGGGUCCGGUCACAGAAGAGCCGGCGGGACAGGUGGAGGAAUAUGCUGCUGACGAGGGACUGACGGGUCCCAUCAACACGCAACAGAGUGAGGAGGGCAGGGCCGUGUCCGAGCCAGAUGAUUGGACGGAAGGACAGAAGGAGGCGGGGUCAACAGAUGUUUUGCUGUAUCCUGACUGGUACCGGUCCAGGAAGAGGCUGCUUCCUGGGACUGGUGAAGCAGAGGAGGUGGCGGACAGAAUAGACAACUCCGUGUUGUAUGCCACACGUCCUCCAGAAGAUUCUUCUCUCCGACCUCAAACGCGGCCUCGGCCGCAGCCUCCUCCGCUGGCGCAAUGCCGAGAGCCUGCACUUCCGGAGAUGGGAGGAGACGGCGGUGUGGGGACGGAGGAGGAUGAGGACGCUCAGGGGUGGGUGUGUCUUUCUGAUGAAGGCUCAGAGCCGGUGCAGGAGGCCACCCCCAUUCCUUCAGAGGACCACUUGGCUCCACAGGAGGAAACUUCAGGACACACCAAGGAGAAGCUGAGCGACUAUGAGGGUGACUCCUCAGAAGGAGACGCGGCGGCGCCACACGGAUCUGGCAAAGUGGAGGCGAGUGACGAGGGAGAAGGCGUGACCUCCUUCGAUUCCCUCCAGGCUGUCGCCUUCUUCUUCUACCUUGUGGCUUUCCUGGUUCUCCUGCAGAAGUUUUGGUCUUACGUUGGCUGCUUCAUAUGCACUUAGAAACACCAGCAGGGAGACGCUGCCAUCGUCGCUUUAGCUCACCUCAGGCAAUGUUUUCAGUCACCCAUCAACACCCUUGACUGGCAUCGUGUAAAAUGUUCACAAAUGACGAAGCGGGGUCCAUCCCGGGAUGCUGAAAGGAUGAAAGAUGAUGAAAGGAAUUGGGAGGACAUAUCACAACAUUGUAUUAUUGUGAGAAUAACAUGAAGAAUGUCACACAUUUGUAAGGAUAAAUGUAGUAUUUGGAGAUAACAUCAUUUUACAAGAUGUCACCAUGACAAGAAUAAGACAAAAAGGAAGGAAAAUAUUUAUUUUAAGGAAUAAGUCGAAAAAAUGAGAUAACAGUUGUCCUGAUAUGAGAAUAAAAUCGUCAUGAAAAAAGUGGUAAGCUUAGAAAAACUACAAAUGUUAGUGGAAAUGAGAUAUUUUGAUUUAUUUUUUGAUAUUAUGGAUGGAUGGGUGGAUGGAUGGUUUUGGCCUUAAUGUGCAUGAAAGGGGAUUCUUCGUCCCGCUGCUGACAUCGUGUGGUCAUAUCGUGUAAUUGCAGUGGCAAGCGGCCAGAACAGAUGAACACUACUACUACCAUUGAAUGGGUUUGUGUUUGGACACGUUGAACACUGGUCAGUCAGCUGACGUGCUCUUUUGCUCCAGAAGGAGAGUCAAACCGGCAGCCAUGCUUCCGGCAGCCCAGCCGCCGCCGCAGCAGCAGCCCGGCGACCCACUUUCAGCUUCUCCUGGCUCAACACGCUCUACAAGAACACGUAGAUGGGACCUGAGAAGAUGUGGCUGCUGGUGCUGCUGCAAGACCCAACCAGUAUCCAUAAAAGGAGGAAAAAUCGUGUGACGAAGCGCAGGAGUUGAAAUUGCCAUCCUGACGGACGCCGGGGCAUCUCCUGGGACUUCACCUCAGGCAGCAUCUCGUGUGUUUGCGUGUGUUUAUUUUGGGUGACAAAGAUGGCAACCAUAGAAUAGGAUGGAGGCUGGCUGCUCAGUGCCACACAGCCAAAGUGAAUAAAUGAAGAAGAGGGUUACAGCAUGUAUGUUAGAGUAGCUAUCCAACCUUCACAAACUUAACAAUUUGAUGUCUUAACGCAAACGCUUGUUAACUUAUUUUUACACUUGUCUGAUAGUCAAUAAUGUUGAAAGGUGACUUAAAAUACAGAAAGUUUAUAUGAUGAGCAGAGUGUUUAGAUCAAUGGAGGUCCGUUCACCCCAGGUUUUUUCUCCAGCAGGUGAUUUGAUUGAUGAGCUCCUUCCUUCAAAUUGAAGGUGGUGUUGAUCAUUAAAAUCACCUGCGUUGGUGACCGGAUAGACAGAAAACCUGCAGUGUCUCGGUCCGCCACGGCACGAGUUUAACACCCCUGGUUUAGAUGGUUUCCGAUGUGGCUGAGUUUUCACAGUGGAGUGGAUUACUUUGGCCUCAAAGUUUCUUUUUGAAUCUUCUGCUUUCCAUCAGUGGUGACUUUGAUGCCAAACUAGAUUUUUUAAAGAAGAAGUUAUGCGUGUGUGAUGUAACAAUAAACAAUGUGUAAUAAUUUCAUUGUGGUCACUGUAUGUAAAAUAUGGAGCGGACUCUCACACAUCCUCCAAUGAAAAGAAAAAAACGUCACUUCUGGUUCUCUAA